AUGGGGGUGGCGCCGCCGCAGCGCACCGGCAGCUUGCGAAUGUCAGGGGGGCUGCCCACAGGAGACUUUGCCUGCAACCAGAUCAAUCAUGGACCGCUCACGCCCAUCCGUCAAUUCCCCCCCUCCGCGUUAAUAACGGACGAUGGAAUCACCUACGACGCAUUCACCCUGGACCGCUGGAACCACACGGACCGGCAAGAUCCGUUUUACCAGCUAACGCCGGGGAGGGCUGGGGCGCCUUGGGAGAAGGUGGUAUCCCUGGGCACUAACAUGAAGCAAAUAGCAUCUGGUCCUGAUGGAGCACCCUUAGCAGCCUUCACUGGGUCGUCAGGAGUUCGUUUAGGGAUCGUAAACACCGGAGAACCGGUCCUAACGGACUUUGGGGAGAUGUAUGCUAACUUCUUGUACACAGAUAAGGACGGUGGGACGAUGGAGUUACCCAUCGUCCGUGGUUCGGCCAUGCUGACCCACAUCUUUACCAAGGCUAACCCCAUGAUGUGGCCCUACUGUCUGGUCGCUGUGAACGGUCAGAGUGUGAGGUACGAGUGUCCCGAGGAACGAUUUGCCGACAGAGGAAGUGGGUACGUCCGAGCGUCUUGUAGUUAUGUUACCAUGGAGCUAAUCCUCGAGAUCCAUUUCACGAAAGCAAUCACCAAUAUUGCCGAUGUACAGUGGGCAGCGACCGAAGAGAGCAGGUGGUCCACUGGCCGGGUAAUGCACACCUACAACAGUACCGUCUGCAACAUGGGCAGCACCGGCCACAUCGUCACUGUCAACGGUCCCAAAUGCCCAAGGGACAAUGCUGCACGCCGUCAACGUGAUCGACUACUACGUGAUCCCGAAACACGAUUAUGGGAACGUCUCUUGGGGCACCACACCAGUGCGGGUCGUCUGUACGGAGCAUGGAGGCCGAGUGAGCCUGUCGUCGGGUACAAGGCAACCGUCUUGGUUCUACGGAAGUGCCGCUGUCAACGGGAUGUGCAGUCAGGACAGACGGGUUACAAUCACCGUGAGUCUCAGUCAUCCGGCAGGUGGAUUGGAAGAGCCGACAGCCAAAGGAUAACUAUCUCCACCACGGUGACGUACGAUGACGUCAGCUUUGCCGUGAACGUGAUUGGUCAGGAAGUGACGGAGGCGUUGCCUUUCAAUUGGAGACGACAGCCAGAGGGUAUGGAGUGCCUCUGUCGGCGCCGGGGCAGCACAGCGGAGCUGACCCGAACACCACGCGGAAGUUUGUGGCUUUACUUCUCCGAGGAGAUGCGACUGGUGUUCCCGGCGGCCUGUGGCUCGCCAGGAACGUUCAGCUCACUGAGCGGUGGGCAGAGCUUCACUGGCGUCAUGCAGCUCGUCUAUGCAGGUACUGGUCCAAAGGGGGACUUUUCCUCCGCAAGGUACCUAGACCAGUACGCUGGCGUGUUCGCCUACAGUCCUCGGGCGAGAUUCUGCACCGAGGGAGACAAGGUCUACAUCAGCUUCGACUGGAACAAGCAGGGAGGUGAUUUCUACGGCCAAAAUCUCAAGCAACAGAUGCUGACUGUGGUUCUACCACAUCAGGAGUUACUUCUUCCCAAGGAGAACCUAGUGGACACACCCUUUGGGUUCAAAGGUCACGUUGGUGAUGUCACAAUAAUGGAGGAAGAUCUUCCCAGGGCGUCUAUGGAGCCAGACCCAAAGGCAAUCCAGAGAAUCAAGGAUGACCCCGACAAACUCAAGGACCUUAAAGAUGCCAUGGACAAAGAUGCUGCCUACCAAACGCUUGUAGCAGACUGCAGUAACAACAACGAACCACAGAGCUACUGGGCUGGCAAGUCCAUUGGGAUGGUGGCCAGGCUAGCCAGCAUUUCCCGGGCACAGGGCACUAACCAUUACCUUGAACUGGACCGGUCCCUGGGGACGUGCCUGGACAUGUGGCUGGGGGUUACCGGUGGGCUGACCGAGACCAACUCAUUCAGAUAUGACACCGUGUGGGGAGGCAUGUUCAUCAGGAGUGCCGAGCCUGGCCAACCAGUCUACUCAUGGACAAAUUUUGGUUUUGUGUCCUACGCUGACCAUCAUUUUCACCUGGGAUACUGGCUCUAUGCCAUCGCUUACUAUGCCACCUACCAAAAAGACUGGGCCAAGCAAGAAAGUACUAUGGAAACAUCAGUCCCUUUAGGAGACAAAUGCCAACUGAACAUCAACCGAUUUACAAAUACAUGUAGAAACAUAACUGAGGGAAAUUCUGAGGGGGGGUAUGGGGGAAGAAACUCUUUUCAAGGGGGCACUGAAAGCAAGUGA